GUCAACCAGCUUCCCUUUCAAGCGUAGCUCGGAGGGGACAAUCAGACUGGGGCUCUGGGGUACCAACCACCAAGCAAGGGUUGACGAUGCCGCCAUGUGAAGCCAGUCGAUGACUCGGAGUCGGUCAACAGUGUCGGACCGCAUGCCCAUAUCACUUGUGCACCUAUAUGAAGGCUCGUUCCGACCUUGGUUCUCCUGCCUCCUCCUCUCCAGCUCAGACUCUCUCCACGACGUCCCGUCCAACUUGAUUGAGUUCAGUUUCCUAGACCCGUUCUACCCCUCCCCGAGCCGACCGUCGUCAUGCGUUACACCACCCCCAUCCUCGCGGCCCUCGCCGCCACGGCUACGGCCACGGCCCCUAUGGAGCGUGCUACCAAGAUGUUCACUCUUGAGACCGCACCUGGCGAGACGAUCGAGGUGACCGAGGAGGAGAAGUUCCAAUUGAUGGAUCAAGGCAAGCACUUCUUCGACAUCACCGAGUUCAAGGACGCCGAGAUCUCCGCCCUCCGCCUCCUCGAGGACGACUCCCGCCCUUUCCCCAACAAGCUGCACCAGCGCUGCACCGUCGAGAAGCUCCACGCCAAGAUCGACCUCGACACGAUCAAGACCCAACUCGAGGAGUUCACCACCUUCCACAACCGCUACUACCAGUCCCAGUACGGCGUCGCCGCCGCCGAGUGGCUGUACGAGCGCGUCCGCGAGGUCAUCCAGGCGAGCGGCAACCCGCUCGCCACCGUCCGCCUUGUCCGCCACGUCGCCUGGGCCCAGCCCAGCAUUGUGGCUACCAUCCCUGGCUCGGACCGCGACCGCAUCGUCGUGGUCGGUGCUCACCUGGACUCGGUCAUUUCCGGUGAUCGGGGUGCCGGCCGUGCUCCGGGUGCCGGUACGUUUCUUUUACGUUUCUUUCCUUUCCUUUUAUAUUGGUUUCUUUUUCUAUUCUUUUUUUAUUUUUAUUUCUUUUUUGCUUUUUUUGUUCUCUCUCUUCUUCCACUUCGCGUGACCUGUCACUCACACCAUCUCCCAGACGACGACGGCUCCGGCUCCCUCAUGAUCCUCGACGCCCUGCGCGUGCUGCUCACCGACCCCCGCAUCGCCGACGGCGACCUCCUCAACACCAUCGAGUUCCACUGGUACGGCGCCGAGGAGGCCGGCCUGCUCGGCUCGCAGGACAUCUUCACCCAGUACCGCGGCCUGAACCGCCAGGUCGUCGCCAUGCUGAACCAGGACAUGGUGGGCUACAAGGGCCGCGACGGCAUCGAGCGCUUCGGCCUCGUCACCGACUGGACCUCGCCCUCGCAGAACGAGUACAUGAAGCUCCUCAUCGGCGAGUACACCGACAUCCCCUACGAGGAGUCCCGGUGCGGCUACGCCUGCUCCGACCACGCGUCGGCCAACCGCAACGGCUACCGCUCCUCGUUCGUGUUCGAGACCCCCUUUGGGAACCAUAACCCGCUCAUCCACACGCCCAACGACACGAUGGACACGGUCGACUUUGACCACGUCUACCAGCAUGCUAAGCUCACCACGGGGUAUCUCUAUGAGCUGGGCUACUGGCCUUUUGCUCCUGAGACGUCUUUGUGAGGGAGGGACCCCCGGAAGGAUCAUAAAAUAACAUAGUAGAUAAUGAAGGAAUCAAGAUGAAUGAUGACGCUUGGAGACAUUUACAAGUUUCCCCCGUGGGCUUCAUGUUUCGAACCCGAUGAGGGAGAACAUAAU